UUUCUCUCUCCUUGGCACAGGUUGGCGGGGAGCUCUACACCCUCCCGCUGGCUACAGACGAUGGGAAACUUCGGCUCAACCAGGAGGGGAACAACAUCAUUCUCCAGUCUGCUGCUGGCCUGGGAGUCUUUUUUGACUCUGCCACCUACCUCCGAGUGUCCAUUCCCAGCACCUACAGGGGACACCUGUGUGGUCUGGCUGGCAAUUUCAAUGGUGACAAGAAUGAUGACUUCCUGCUGCCCAAUGGAACGAGCACACAAAGUCUGAGCGAAUUUAUCGCUGCCUGGAAGGUGCCCGUUGAGGGUGCCACGUGCUCUGAUGGCUGCGGUGACAGGUGCCCCGUGUGUGAUGCAGCCCAGACAGCGCCGUACCAGGCGGAGAGCUCCUGUGGGUUGAUCAAAGCCACCUCAGGUCCCUUCAGAGACUGCCACUCAACGAUCAGCCCUGCCAGGUACUUCAGCAACUGUCUUCAUGACAUGUGCACCGCCAACGGGAUGGGAGAGACCCUCUGCCAGAGCCUGCAGGCCUACGCGGCCGCCUGCCAAGCUGCCGGAGCCAGGAUCAGAGCCUGGAGAACGGCCUCCUUCUGCCCCCUGGCCUGCCCAGCCAACAGCCACUACGAGCUGUGCACCAGGUCCUGCGAUUUCACCUGUGCUGGCUUGUCUGCCCCUGCCCAGUGCACUGGGAAGUGCUUUGAGGGCUGCCAGUGUGAUGCCGGCUCCAUGUUCGAUGGGGAGGAGUGCGUGUCCAUGGACGGGUGUGGCUGCAUGUACAGUGGACGCUACAUCAAGUCCCGGGAGAGUGUCAUUUCCAGUGACUGCUCAGAGAAAUGCACUUGCCACCCAUCAGGGGGGCUUAUCUGUGAGAAAACCAGCUGCCUCGCGGAUGAGAUCUGUGUCCUCAGGGAUGGGAUGCAUGGCUGCGUGAAGCAGGAAGGCCGGUGCAUAAUCUCUCCAGGUGCCUACUUCACGACCUUUGAUGGCGCCAAAGGGAAACUCCUCUACAGUGGGAUGUACAAAGUGGCCUCUCUCUGUGACGAGAGCUCCCCUUCCUGGUUCAAGGUGGUGGUAGACAUCAGCGAAUGCACCAGUGAUGGAAUACCAGCUGGUGCAGGCAUCUUUGUUUUUUUCCGAGAAGCUAUCAUCACUGUGAACAACAACAUGGGAACCUGGGUGAACGGGCGCUCGGUGCGACUCCCGGCAAAGGUCUCUGACGCGGUGUCUGUGAGCGAGUCUCAGGGUGGUGUGGCUGUGGUCCAGGCCCCGGGGGUGCAGGUGCUGUUCAGCCCCGGCGGGCAGGUGACAGUGCGGGUCGGCGAGAGCCUGGCUAACAAGCUGUGCGCAUCCUGCGGGAACUUCAACGACGACGUCUCUGACGACCUGCGGCUGCCCAGCGGGCGAGUCGUGGGGAGCAUCGCGGAGGUUGUUGAUGUCUGGAAGGCCAGAGACUUUUUAGGAUGUGACUGACACACAAAGGCAAGAUACUUCUCUGGCUGCCGCGCUUCUAACUUUGUGCGAGGCAACCUGGAAGCUGCAUUGGUCCCUGCACGUUAGAUGGCACCAGGAAUUCCCACCACAGAGAAUGCUGGAGGCAGCUGGGACUCACCAUUGCAGGCCAUAGGUGUGGCUGAAUCCUGGACUGAUGUGUGCAGAGCUGUGUGAGGGAAUCAGGCACGCCACUUGCCAGCUCUGGGUAGCUCAGUCUGGACACACGUGUGCAGCGUUUCUAGCUACCUAUUGUCAGGGUUGAAUUGUCAAAAGCAUCCAAGGGAACCUGGCCAAAGCCGCGGAAUUGAAAACAACAAAAUAUUCCACACAUUUGUGUCAGUUUUUGCCAAAUUGCUCAUAAAAAAAACGGAGCACAAAACCAAAGGGCUUUGUCUUCAGGUUUUUAAAGCAAAUUGUUUCCAUUUUAAUUUCAAAAUCUCCUUUUAUUUUAUUUUUUAAAAAUCCCCAAACAUUUAUAAAUGGUCAAAAUGCAAGUGAAAUUAUUCAUUUCAAGGCCCAGCCAUUUUUGUUCAACUUUUCAAUGAGCCAAAAAAUGAAACAAACAAAAAGCCAUUGCAGUCCAGCCAGAAGAGGUUUCCCCCCCGACUUUUCAGAAUUGUAAAUGAACCACAAACAUCCAUUCUUUGCCCAUCUCUGCUAGACUCGUAGACUUGGAGGCCAUCUAGUCUGACCUCCUGCACAUCUUAGGCACAGAAUCUCUCCCAGCCACUCCUGUACCAGACCCCUCACCUCUGGCUGAGCCACUGACGUCCUGAAAUCAUGAUGUAAAGACUUCCAGUUACAAAGAAUCCACCAUUUGCUUCAUUUAAUCCAAACCAGCGCAUGACCCUGCCUGGCACUGCAGAAGAAGGCAAACAAACCACAAAGCAACUAGGGUCUCUGCCAAUCUGACCAAAGGAUAAAUUCCUUUCUGACAGAGUGGACAGAGGAUGGGUCAAGGCUGCUCCUGAUGCUUGAACCUUUCUGGCUGUAGCAGCGGAGCUCUGGAGCUGGCCCAUGACAAAGAGGUCCCGGGCCGAUCCAAGGCAAGUGGGCUGUAACAGCUCAAUUCCCCAACCUAGCACUUUGGGUAUAGAUUUGUGGGCCAGCUAGCAGAAGAAAUUUUCUAAGAAGCUGUCUCUGUAACUCCCAGAGACAAACUUGUCCGCUUUCAGUUUCCCUGAGACCAAAAAGAAAGACGGGUUGGUUGCUGCCACCACCAAGUGUAAAUAAAAAUAUAAAAUAAGCCCUUUUCCAGGGAAGAGAUUACUUGGAAUUCCCUCCCUGAAGCAAUCUCUCCCCCUACCCCAGCCUCUGUUUUGCUUGGAGCUGGAAAAACAGAGGUUAAUCCAUGGAGAACAAUGUGACUCUGCUUCUCCCGGGAAACCUAGUCACGUAGGCUUAAAGACACACACAAAAUAUCAAUACCGGUUAACUGAAACAAAAAGAAAACACUUCUAUUAUUAAAACAAGA